AUGUCUCAAACAAGGGAACCUCCUCCUCGUCGGAUCCUCCGACAAAAUAAGAACCAUCUCCCACAUGACAUCGUACUCAACAUCUUGGCAAGGCUGCCUGUCAAAUCAGUCCUAAGAUUCAGGUGCGUCUCCAAAACCUGGUACUCCUCUAUCGCCACUCCUAAUUUCAUCUCCAACCACCUUAUUUAUCACAAAAACAACAACAACAACAACAACUUAGCUUAUCUCAUAAACAUUCCUUCUACUAUUGCUUAUCCUCCUAACAUCCCAAGCUUUAUCGGUGGUUACGACCACGCAUUUGAUAGGAUUUCCGAGUAUCCAAUUCCCUUUGCUUUUCUUGUAUCUUAUGCCCUAUCAGCUGGUUCAUGCAAUGGCCUGGUGUGUCUCUAUCAAUUUAGAGACAAUCCCACUAAUGUUGAUUCUAUAUAUUUGUGGAACCCCAGCAUUAGAAAAGUUAAGAGGUUGCCUGAUUCUAUAUAUUCCUUUACACAUUUUCAUCGGGUUUCUACUGAAUUGGCUUAUCAAUCUGAGACCAAUGACUACAAGGUUGUCAAUAUCUAUCAAAUGCUUGCUCCCAACCACCGUGGGUUUGAGGUUGAGGCUGAGGUUUAUACAUUAAGCUCUAACUCUUGGAGAAAGAUUGGAAUCUCAUUGACAAACAAUAUUGUGGUCUCCCCUUUUGUUGGGAAAAAUUCUAUAUUACUGUGA